ACAGGGUCCACUACCCUUCCUCAUACAUCCGUCACCCCGCCAUCGCAACUCAUCAAAUCAGGUUUGAUGCUGCCCCGAGCCGCGGCGCGUCUUAGGCUGCUGUCUACCAUGGCUCAAUCCAUGACACCAGUGGAAGAUGCUAUGCGCGUCAAGCUUUCCGAGGCAUUCAACCCAUCCACUCUAGAGGUCUACAAUGACUCUCACAAGCAUGCCCAUCAUAAGGCGAUGCAGGGGAGCACAUCACGAGAGACACAUUUCCGUGUCGUCAUAACAUCCGAAGCCUUCAAGUCAAAGAUGCAGCCCGCAAGACACCGUAUGGUGUAUGCCCUACUCAAAGACGAAAUGGCACGUGAAGGAGGCAUCCACGCCCUCCAAUUAAAAACCCGGACGCCGGAGGAAGAAGAAAGACAAAAGCAGCGUGAAGAAGCCGAGAGUGUCAAUGCUUAGAAUGGGUCUUCGUGGGGCUCAUCUGUAAUAUAUACCAUGGAUCAAUCAAGCAAACAACAACGGUCUCCAAUUUUAUAUCUUGAUAAGUGUCGAGCACAAAGACAAGAGCCCUGCCUAUCUAACGUCACCUCUCCUUCCCCCCCCCCAACAAGUGGCGGAAAGCCCCCUAUGUCAGAAUGAAUUUGGUGCUUAGGUAUCUUGUCUCUUUCUCUCGUGAUUCUAUCAAGUUGUAAUUAAGGUGUCAUUAUCCGUUAGACAUUUCUCCUUAGGCAACUUUAUCAGCCUAAAAAAUACAAC